AUGGCGUAUAGAAGAAGGCAAGGCGUAUCAAGAGCUUCAACAUUCAAAGAAGAAAUCCAUUCAUCAUUGGAUGAUGAUCCUAAAGAUUCUCAUCAACAAAAUGGUUCUACACCUUCCCUCUCUUCUUCUGAUUCUUCUUCGCCUUCGCUCGCCGCUCAAGCCAUUAAAGCCUCCGCUGCUCGUCGUCAGCCUGCUCUUUCAUUUGCCUUUGAUUCCUCUCAUCCUGAUCAUCAACGAUCCACGAGUUUUGAUGCUUAUGGGAAUGACAACAACAAGACUGGUUUCUGGGGUGUUUUGGCUCAUAAAGCCAAAUCAAUUCUGGAUGAAAACAAUUCAGAUCUACAACAACAUGACACCAAGCUACAAGGACUCAAAUCGCAUUCAUUUAAUACAUUUUCUAGCCCUUUUUCAACUCAGCCAUUAAAUCAACCUCCUGAAUCUAAUAAGAGAAUGGACAAUGCUUCGAUUCGGAAGGGAUUGGAUGCAAUCACUAUUUCCCUCAAUAAUCUAGGUGACACCUUUGAGAAAGCUUAUGAGGAUGGAAAAACAAUUGUGGAGAGUAAGACAGCUGACCUGAGAUCUCAAAUCAGGCGAAAAGGUGACGGCACAAGCCAAGCUUCAAGUAUAAGGAAUCCGUGGCAGCAAUCAGAUCAGACACAGUCUAAUUCUCCCCGUGAAUCUCAACUCAAGGCAUCACGCGACGUCGCGUUGGCAACAGCAGCAAAAGCGAAAUUACUUCUUCGUGAGCUAAAAACCGUUAAAGCGGAUUUAGCAUUUGCCAAAGCGCGUUGUGCUCAACUUGAAGAAGAAAAUAAAUUACUCAGGGAGCGAGAAGGAAGCGACAAGGGACUUAUCCGUGAUGAUGAUGAUCUGAUUCGGCUUCAAAUGGAGACACUUUUAGCUGAAAAGUCUCGUUUGGCUAAUGAGAAUGAGACAUAUUCAAGGGAAAACCGUUUCUUGAGGGAGAUUGUGGAGUAUCACCAGCUGACAAUGCAGGAUGUGGUGCAACUUGAUGAGGGAAUGGAAGACGUCGCAGAACUUUAUCCAUCGGCUGUGAAUGGAAUCACUAGGUUGUUAUCUGGCUCACCACAGUCGUUAUCACCUACACCGACAUCGCCUGAUGAGGUUUCUCUAGGAUCAACAAAAGUAAUGUUUCCUGUGCCAGAAGUAGAUGAUGAUGAGAAUACAUCAGAAGAAAAUGAGACUCCUACUAGUGUCUCGGCUUCUCAAAAUGCAGCAAAAUGA